AUGUUACGGAGCAAUGGGCCGGCCGGAGCCAAGAAGAACAGCAGGACAGAACACUCGGCGCUCGACGAGGCCAACGAACGUCAGAAGCUGGCCUCUUACUACGCCGAGUACACGCUCGACCUGCUCGAAUAUCCGACGGCCGGACGCCAGCGAGCCCUUCCUCUUGCCGGUCCUCGGCGAGCGCCUGGCGGCCAUGCUCGACCACAACAUCUGCAGUUGUGCCAGGCCCGAAGUGCUCGGAGUUGCGCGUGCGCGACGACGCAGCGCCGCUUCGACUGGAACCCGGAAAGAGCUGACCACGCACGUCGUCUCCGUCUACCUGAACCUGGCUACGGCGAGACGUUUGCUGACUACAUGGCUAGGGAUGAGCGCACCUACACCCCGGACAUGUUGAACGGCGUGCUGGACGAAGCUGCGGGACCGCAACAUCGUCUCGGCCCCCUACCUGAGCGGGCUUCACCAACCUGGCCUGCAAAUCGCCAUCAUAGAAAACGAAGCAGAACGAAUGACGAGGAGCUGACGGACGCGCCCGAGGAGACCCUUCUGAUGGACACGCUGAUGCACGACCCGGUGGCCCUGCCAUCCGGCCAAGUGAUGGACUGGAACGUCAUCAUGCGCCAUCUGCUCACUUUCGAAGACGAACCCCUUCACGAGGGGCCCGCUGGAGGAGAGCGAGCCUGUACCAGUGGUAUCGCCAAGUGCUUUUGGCGGCGCGUCGACCAGAUGCUCUCCAUCUUCAGCAAGGGGCUUAAGCCCAGCCAGGGCCCGGCACUCGCUGCCGUCGCCACCAACGUGACGUCAACCCGUUUCGCGUCGAGCGAG